AUGGUUUUCGGGGGUCAUAAACUCCCCUUCUGCUGUCAACAAAUCCUAUUUUACACUUUAGGUGCGCCAUCGCACACCCUAACUUGCUUUUCUUCUCGCACACUCUUUUUUCGCCCAGGCUGCCUAAACGACCCCUGUUACCUAAACGAUAUAGUCGAACCGUGUUGCCUAAACGAUAUAGUCGAACCGUGUACCUAG